CGUGGGCGUUAACGUUAAGUGAAUUGACUAGUGUUUCAUCAAGCAAAUAUGAGAAGAAGAAAAAAAUGACUGCAACAAUUCUGUGAAUUUUGCGGUUGUCAUCAAAGUAUAUAAAGACUUAAUAGAAUAUAGGUCCAACAUCCACUUCGUUAAGCUGAGCAAGAAAUAGUGUCGUGACAAACGUAUCCACAACUUAAAAAUGAAGUUAUGGUUGUUCCUCAUAGCUUUUGGCCUCGUUUCCGUUUCUCUGGAAUGCUCUACUGUGAAACCACCAGAAGUGAGUUUGUCAGAUUACCUCUGGCAAGAAACAGUUCAACAACGCCAGGCUGCUCUAGCUUCUUCCUUCAUUCAAGGUCUCAAGAUGGUUUCGUUAGACCCCACUAAUUUCGGAGCAUAUAUGGUGCAGGACUCUGUUUAUUGCUACCUAGUCAAAACAAAUCUUGACCUUGCCGCCACUAGAGUGAAAAAUAAUUCACAGUUGAAGCAGUUUUUGGAAGCAAGAUCCAGCAGCUAUGAAAAGUAUUACAAAGCUCUUUUCAAAGCAUGGCAUAUAUCGAAUGCUAAUGGAAUAAGCCUCGGAACUGCCAUUGCUGGAUACAUGAAACAUCUAGAUAAUGUAGCAUCCAAAAUGGACCCCAUUUAUCUCGUCGCUGCCUUAAUACCAUGUGCACGACUAUGGCCUUGGCUUGGUGGUCAGAUCGGUGCCGAUACAGGAAACUUUGGUGUCUACAACAAAUGGGUGACCGAAAAUUUGAACCCUGGUUCUCAUGGUUAUGAAAAAUAUGAGGCAGUAAUUAACAACGCGGCUGAGCAGGGCCUUAUUGAUAGCCAGAUGGCAUUGCAGGUGUACACACGUAGCAUGCAAGGAGAGGUUGGCUUCUUCUCUUCUGUGUAACUUCUGAAAAUCAUGUGUUCAAAUUAAAGACAUUUAUGUAUUUUUAGUGUAUAAAAGCACUGAUAAAGAAUUUCCAACAACAA